AUGAAAAAAAACCAGUACCAGCAAAAUUAUUUACAGGUUUUCUAUGAAGAUGAGUUGGAUGUACCAUUGGUGUUCUUUAAUGAAGUUCUGGAACAUGUUUUGCGAAUUGAUCGUAUCUUUAGACAAUUACAACGACAUCUGCUGCUAAUUGGAACAGACCUUGUAAGCAAGCUGUUGAAAAUGCAAGAAUUGGAGGACUAUUACGAACUGGUUUUACUCACCAGAGGCGGGCCUGGACCAAGCCAGUGAGAAGAAGCAAGUGGAGGGAUGCUCAUCCUGGAUGCGCAUCCUGCACAAUUCUGCCACCACAUGACUGAAUCUGUUGCCCUGCUCUCUCCAGUUUCCAUGAUUGGCUUGGAGGCCUCCUCAAUCCUAAGGCGUGAUGAACGUCAGUGCAUUGCACAAGCCUGAUCCCUGGAGGAGUUGAUGAUGGAAGUGAGGAUCACAGAUGCAGGCCGCAGGGCAGGAGGCAGUGGAGAUGAGUGCAGUUUUGGAGUAAUUGGUCUACCCCGCCACUCCUCUGCCGCCGCCACUCUGCCACAGGCCUCUCCGCCACCGCCUGUCCGAUUCGCCUUUGCGACUGAGCCCCGCCACAUUCGUGUAACCACAGCAUCGCGCCUAAUUUUCUCGAUCCGGACGAGAUGGUUGGACGACGAUGCGUGUGGAUUAAACGAUGUGGACGAGGGAAAUCGGCGAAGCGUUGUGGACGAAGACGGGUGGAUGAGACGUAUCGCCAUCACCUCCUUGCCAUGGCUUCCUCGCGAUCGUCGCCUCGCCAUCAACGCCUCUCGUCGCCAAGCGACAACGAGAAUUCGUGCGAUAUUUACAGCACCACUAACCCCUGUUAUUGAGAGUGUGGACCUGGCAGACUGGAUGCAGUGAUAUUACAGGCGGAAUCUAAAAAAUUAAAGGAACGAAUGUCAUUUCACGUGCAAUAUAAUCGAUGACGACAUUUUUUUUGUCGUGCUGCCUUAUUGUACAAUAAAGAUGGAUUCUAUUCCUGUUUGCCUAUCUGCCUCGGCCUCUCCGCCACUGCCUGUCCGAAUCGUCUCGCAGACUACGUUUCGCCACAUCAGUCCAGCAGCAUGUCAAACCUUCUCGAGUCGCACGAGAAAGUUGAACGAUGCGUUUGGAUGAGGCGAAUCGGCGAGACGUGGCGGCUGAUGGGUGGUGAGGCAGGUAGAAAGAAGCGGGUGGGACGAGGCAGUGUUGACGAGGCUGUUUUGACGAGUUAUAUCCCCUGCGUCGAUUCGCCUUCGUCGCCUUGUCUCGCCUGGUCUAGGUUCACCUUGUUUGGGUCGCCUCGCCUGGGUCGGUUCGCCAAACGAACAGGGCAGUUGGAGCUAGAAUGAACACCACGUGGUCAUCACUAAGGGACUGCAUGAAAAAAGAAGCAAUAUCUGGAAACUUGUUUAUAGCAUAGAUGUCCUGAUUGUGGAUUCCACUACUUGAAUUGCGGACGGCGACCUCCGUCAUGUUGUCCUCCUGGCAAAGGCAACGUUUCCUCUCGGCUCUCGCUUCUUCACCUCCGCCUUCUCCCUUCGUUUUUCCACAAAUCGCCGCUGCCUUUUGCCCUCUGCCACUUGGCCUCAGUCUCCGUCGCUGUUACUACGCCUCUCCUACUCAGCCUCUCUGCUUCUCUGCCUCCCCUAUCUGCCUUGCCUAUCUACCACCUCUCCGCCACACGUCUCGCUACAUUCGUUUAGCCACAGCAUCUUGCCAAAACACCUCGAGACGGACGAGAUUGUUAAACGCUGCUUGUGGAUGUGGACGAGAAAAAUCGGCGAGGCGUUGUGUGGAUGAGGUGGUAUGGACGGGGCAGGUAGGACGAGCCGAGUUGGAGAAGGCGAUAUGGACGAGGGAAGGUGGACGAGACGUAUUGCCUGCGUCUCCUCGCCAAGCGAACAUGGGAGCUGGAUCUAAAAUUAAAGGCCUCAAGGCCAUUACUAAGGGGUUGCAUGAAAAGGAACCAGUACCUGGAAUAACAUUUACAGCAUCGUUCGGGACACUGGGAGCGGCAACGAUGCCCCCUGCACGUUGCGUGUUUUUCUCGCAUUCGCACGGCACAAUUAUGCCGAGUUAUCGAGAGUAUGGACCUGGUCGACCAAGAUGCAGUGAUGUUACACACUCAAUCAAACAACUAAAAGGCACGUACACUAUAUUAUAUGUAUGUUGUAUAUACAAAACAGCAGCAAGAUAGAAGUUCUUACUGCAAAAUAAUGUAGAGCUGCUUAAUUCGCAAGAACGAAACUCAUUUGAUGUGCAUAGGCAUAAUCGAUGACUGCAUUUUUGGGUGUUGUGCAGCCUAGGUGUCCCAAUGGUGGAUUCUGCCGCUUGGAUUGCGCAGGGCGACCAGGCUCGCGAUGUCCUCCACAAAGGGAGGGGGUGGUUCACUCCGCCCCCGCCAGUUCGCCGCCGCCUUACCGCACACUCUCUUGAUAUCCUCGCACACUCUGCCUUCGCCGCUGCCACCCCUUCCUCCACAGCAUCUCUCCAAACCCUCUCGAGCCGGACGAGAUGGUUUGACGGGGCUUAUGGGGGGAGGCGGUGUGUAAUUAAUUCAGCUCUAAAAAUUCUUUUUUGUUCAGAAUUUUCAUUUUUAUUGUAAAAUAAAUUGCAGCAUUCAUUUCGUCUUUAUUAAAUUGUGUUAAUUACCAUCUGAAUUGAAAAGGGUGUAAAUAGCCUGAAAUAUGCGUUAUGUGAAAUAUUAGUAUUGUUGCCUAAAAGCUAGUGUGAAAUUCUGAAUACUGUGUGUUAAAAGCCCUUCUGAGCUUCUGGUGAUAUUCAGACAUGUAUUGUAUGUUGUAUAAGUGUGGCCACACUUAGGUUUUGUUUAGAUUUGUAUUUUUGUAGAAUUUAAGCAUGAAAACUAAAUAAUGUUCAUUCACCUCGUGGAUUAAAUUUCCUGCUCAAAAUAUGAGCCCUACAUCUAUGGUAAUGUUCGGAACUUGUUUAGAUUUUAAUUCUGAGUUUACAUAGGUCAUUUGUUUAAUUUUUAAGUCCGUCUAUGUAUUUUAAUUUGAAUUUUAGGGAUGAUUAUUUUAAAUUAAAUUGCCAACUGGUAAAUACUUUUUAGUAACUAAAUUACAAAAGCUUUUGUAUGCUUUCUAGCUUUUUAUAAUAAUUUGUUGUUUAAUAAAUCAUUCCUAAAUCUUCUGAUUUUAUUUGUAACACUAUUUUCCUAUUUUAAACAAAAAUUCAAUAUUUUUCUGUACAUUGUCGUAGAGGCAUUCAUAUAGCCAUUGAUACCUAGAGAGCGGGGGUUUUCGCUCCCAUAAUCAAUUAUUUUCUUUCUCCAAUUUUCAACUUGCAAACCACGCAAUCUCCCACAGAUUGCUUUAGUGGCAGAAUUAUUCCACCGUGGUAAAUGCGUCUGUGGUAGAAAUAUUUUUGUUAGCAUUUUCCUAUAUAAGGCGAGCGCAGAUCUCGCUCCGUGGGAUGGCACAUUUUUUGCAGUGACGUUUUUUAUUAUGCGUUGUGAUUUUUAUCUUGUUUGAUCUCCCGUCGCCCUCAGCCACGUUAAAAUGGAAAAAUCGGCUUAACGUAAUUAAAUUUAUUUUAAUUGUAUAGAGAAAACAAUUUAAUUGUAUCUAGAUAUAAAUUAUAAACUGCUUGGAUUCGCUCGUGCGUUCUACUUUUUGUAUUAUUUAUAAAUUUUCUUUGUGUUCCAGAGAUAUGUGAGUAAUCCGAUUGAAAAGGUCUCUCUAUCUCUCUGUCUCGAUACAUUUUGUGCAUCGCUCAAAUUUAAUUUGCAUUGC